AUGGCAGACAACAUCAACACCAAGCAGACGGACGAAGUCAACAACAUCAACAAAAAGAUGGCCGAAACAACCAUCAUCGCCGACCUCCUCACCCACCUUGACGGUUCUGGAAUCCCCACCUUCACGCCUUCGGGCCCCAACGCCGCCGGCAUCAGGGAAUACGAACGUUCCGUCGCGACCGCCAACCUGCUCUACCGCUUCACUCGCCCCGCCUGCGUCGUCCAGCCCGAGACCCGCGAGCAAGUCUCUCACGUCAUCAAACUCGCAAAGAACCUCGACGUGUCCGCCACCAUCAAAUGCGGCGGCCACUCCUACGCCGGCUUCUCCACCACCAACGAAGGGAUCCUGCUCGACCUGGUGCGGAUGAACAGAGUCGAUCUGGACGUAGAACAAAACCUCGUUACGCUGCAGGGCGGUGCGCUAUGGGGCCAUGCUUACAAGGCGUUGGUCAACGGCCGGCAUAAUGGUGUUAUUAUUAACGGUGGACGGUGUCCCACCGUUGGCGUCGGCGGGUUUUUGUUGGGGGGAGGAUUGGGUCCGUUUACGAGGAGUUUUGGGAUGGGGUGUGAUACCCUGAGGGAGGUGACGCUUGUUACUGCCGACGGGCGGAUCGUAACCGUUGGCGAUAAAGACGAGCCAAGUUCGGACGAGGGCAUGCUCUUCUGGGCGCUGCGUGGUGCCGGCGGAGGCAAUUUUGGUGUGGUUGUUGAGUUCAAGAUGGCCCUCUGCAAGCUGAAGAACGAAGAAGGGCUGGUGGUGGCGGGACGGUACACCUGGUUUCCUAAGCCGGAGGCAGAGGCGAUGGAUGAGUUCAUGAGUACCAUGGAGAGAUUCUACACAACCGAUUGGCCGGAUAGUCUCACGAUCGAUAGCUCAUGGCUUUGCGACCUCAAGCAGAGCGGCGGCAGCGAGCUCGGCGUGCGGUUUCUCGUCUACUACGACGGCAGCGAGAAGGAGUUCGACGCGCUUAUUGAUAACAAGAUCAAGGAGACGAACCUCGCAAAGCAGCUCAAGCGCCGCACCCUGCAGGAAAAAUCGACCCGUUUUCUGCAUGAGACAUUGGCGUCGCAGUGGUCCGAGGAAACCAUCAAGGCGUUUCCCUCUGGUCCCGAGAUCUCGUACAAGCUCUAUACCUCAUUCGUGUUCAGGAUCAGGAAGGACGACGCCGACGACUCCCAAAAACUCAUCAGCUGCGUGAUCGCCAUCAUCAGACAAGAAAUGGCCGCCUUCCGGCGCGAAUUCAACGGCGAAGCAGGUCUGCUGCAAGUCACCCAUCCACGCGGGCGGGGAGGCCAACGCAAAGAAGCGGUCGGAGACUGCAUUCCGCUGGCGUGA